AUGUUUGUACGACAUGCUAAACUCAAUGUAUCUAGAUUCACGAGAUGCCAGUUAUCAACUAUAACCCAUACGAGCACACAAUCAAAAGGGGUAAAUCCACCAACCACUCAUGAAACAUCAGCUGCACCUGAAUCUGAAACAAAAACAACCAAACCUUCAACCCCAAUCAGGUUAUCACGUCAAGAUGUUAAAAAGUUUUAUACACUUUUCAAAAUAUCUGAAUUUAGCUCGUCAAUGACACAUGAUGAUAGAUUAACCAAGAGUUUACGUUUGUGGUCUCGCAAGUCGGCUAAAGAACACAACACUAUACAUGCUGCAUUGGAGAAUAUAAUCAACGAAGCGGUCAAAUUGCACAAUGGAUCUAUUGAGCAAAAAGCUUUGGAAGGUGGAUUUUCCACCGAUCUUUCGCCAAUUGAUAAUAGAGGUAAUGAUUUGGACCAAGCUUAUAAGAAACCAAAAUAUAGAUACAAUCUAACUUCAGGCACAAGACGAAUUAAAUUUGCAAUACCGUCCACUAAACCGCGAAGAUAUUAUCAGUAUCUACAAUUUCAAGAGUAUAAAAAGCAACGUCCACAACAGAGUUUGGAUUCAGUAUCUAAAUCCAAAAUCAUUGCCAAAGCUAAUCAAGAAUGGAGACAUUUUUCCAAUUUCGACCGACAUGUUUACAGCUGUGAUUAUGAAAAUCUACUUUACAAAGGGUUGGACUUGAGUCAAGAUGGUGAAGAGGUUAUCCCUGUGGAGGUGAAGGAAGGAUAUGAUGGUGUCGUCCAUAAAGUACUUGGUGAACCAGACCCAAGAGAGUCAUUCCUUGAGCGUAGUAAGAGGAUUCCAUUCCUAAAGUUGAUUAUUAAUGAAACAACGGGGUUUGUUCAUGUCUAUGGCUUUAGUGAUUUCCAUGUUUGGAAUUAUUAUUUGGGAAAACAAUAUGCAAUUGAAACAAAUGGGGGGUCAGAACUUAUUAGUAAUGUAAUUGGCAUUGUUGAAGACAAGUGGAAAUUAAUGAAUUCAUCGGAGAGGAAUGCAGUCAGAACUGAAUAUUUGAAUAUAUUUUCUCGAGGUCAAGAUUUACUAGAUGGUAAAUUAACAUCAAUUGAAGCGAAAAGAGAUGUUGUUAAUAAACCAAAACAAUAUCAAGUUAUUCGUAUACGAGGUGAUUCAAGCGAGUUCAAUACUCAUGAAUGCAAAGUAUCACCUAGUAAAUUUACAAUUACACAACCAUCCAAGUUACGAUUUAUAAAAAAUACAUUUGUUGGGAAUAUAAUUAUUGUAGGUGAAUUGGAUUUGUUACAUGCAUGGAAUUACUUUGUUUAUAAACACAAACAACAAAUUCAUGACAUUGAUAAUGAAGUACAAUUUCAUCAAGAUUUGAUGCAUCAAUGGAAUGGAAAGAUGGACGAUAAUGAGAAAGAACAGUAUUUGCAGGAAUACAAAGCGAUAUUGAUAUCAGGUCAUGAUAUAUAUAUGGGUGAAAAAAUGACAAUUGAAACGAAGAUGUCCAAGACUGGAAUUAAGAAUUUAGUCGUUGAUGUAUGGGGACAAUCAAUAACUCAGGGAACAGGUCGUAAUGUAAGGCUUGAUCCAUUACCUAUUUCAAUAGAUCUAAAGACUAAUAAAGUGUUGAUAUUGAGUGAUAUUACAGAUGUGCAUGCCUAUAAUUAUUAUUUGGCGAAACAAUUGACAAAGCAAAGCAGUAAUGGUGAUUAUGGCCCCGAUUAUUCAAAGUUACCACAUCUUCAACAAGAGUGGCUUGCAUUUACACCCGAUCAAAAACGCGAAUACGCCAAUGAAUAUUUACAAUUGUUAAACAGUGGUCAUGAUUAUGCGUUCGGCAAAGUUAUUCCUAUUGUUGAUAAAUUGAAACUACCCAUCUAUUCAAAUCCAACUAAAUUACAUGGUCAAGGUACAAAAUCUGCCUUCAAUGCGGAAUCAAAAGUUGCUCCCACGAGACGAAAGAGCUUUGAUGAAAUGUACCCACAGGCAUUUCCAUAUUACCUGUAUGCACGCCAGACAAUUGACAAUGUGCUCGACUCAAAACAAAUAGUUAAUGAAUGGGCUCAUAUGUCUGAUGAAGAGAAAGUGGAAGUUCAAGAAGCAUAUGAAAUGAUGGUGGAUGCAGGAUUUGAAAUGGUCAAUGGAAUACUCAAAGAGGUGCAACAAACGAAUUGA